AUGAGUGCUAUCCUUUUGAUUUUAAUCGCAUUAUUAAAUGAUGCUGCAACACUUGUCAUCGCUGUCGAUAAUGCUAAAAUUUCCCCUCGUCCUGACAAAUGGCGUCUUGGUCAAUUAAUCGUUUUAUCAAUUAUCUUGGGUCUUCUCUUAACUGCUGCUUCUUUUGCCCACUUUUAUAUUGCACAUUAUGUAUUCGGUAUAGCUCUUGAUGAUCAAAGAUUAGAAACCAUAAUGUAUCUUCACAUUUCAUCUUGUCCUCAUUUUGUAAUCUUUUCUACUCGUUUGUCUGGUUACUUUUGGGAAAACCUUCCAUCUAUCACUUUCUUUAUUGCCGUUAUGGGAACUCAAGUCUUUGCCAUGUUCAUUUCCAUUUAUGGUCUUCUUACAGCUCCGAUUGGUUGGGGUUGGGGUGUCAGUAUUAUCGCAAUUUCAUUACUAUAUUUCUUCGUUUUGGACUUUGUUAAAGUUAAUGUGUUCAAGUAUUGGUCAUUUGAAUUGACUGCUAAGCUAGUCCCGACACCAGCAAGAAAGAACAAAUUAAGAGAUCGUAAAAUAGAUCAAAUUCAUCGGGAGAGAGUAUCACAAACCAUUGCGAAAGUUAGAAAG